AUGGCCGUUCGUCUGUCCAGAUCGUAUCGCACGGUGGCGGUGGCGGCGGGUGCCGUCCUCGCGUGUGUCCCGCCCUGGGACCUGGUCGCGCGGGCUAGGGCCGACGCGUACUGGGCCCUCAUGGCGGCGAGGCUGCGCGAGGGAAGGGAGGUGACCGCGAGGGCCGUCGGUGAGGCGAAGGGGGCCGCCCGCCGGGAGAUGAUGGCGCGGUGGAAGCGCCGGCUCCUGGCGGGGGACCUCCGCUACGGCCGGAAGACGGUCGGGGCGGUCGGCCCGCUGUUGGACCAGUGGGUCGACGUCGCGAGGGAGAGGGUCACCUUCCACGUGGCGCAGGUGGUCUCCGAGCACGGGUGCUUCGGGGACUACCUGUGCCGCAUAGGCAGGGAGGGCGGCACCGGCUGCCACCAGUGCGGGGACGCGGCCGACUCGGCGCAGCACGCCCUGUCGGCGUGUCCCGCGCACGACGGGGUGAGACGGGCGAUGGUGGAAGCCAUUCGCCCGUCGGACCUCUCCCUGGGGGCGGUCGCGAGGGCGGCGACCGCCUCCCGGGAAAAUUGGAGGGCGUUCGCCUCCUUCUGCUCCGUGAUCAUGGAGCGGAGGAAGGCGGACGAGAGGGGACAGGAGGGGGGAGAAUAG